UGUCACUUGGUCAGCUGAUUGCGGGUCGGAAAGCUGCUUGGCUAGCGCCGCUCCUGCUAGCCAGGUUAGGUAGCGUAGCCUAGCUGGAUGUUUGUUUUGUUAAGGUUAUUAGCGACACAGUUAGCAGCCCAGCGAGUCGCCAACUUUUUUAAAACAUCGCCUACGUGCGGUUCGAGCGGCUCCUCUCCGCGCUAGCUGUCGGCUCGGCUCGGCUCGGCUCGGAGGUUAGCCGUUAGCCCGGCUCUUGUUCUCCUGGCCGGGAGGGAAGGGUGAAGCUGCUCUCGGUGUCUCUGCAUUGCAGCCCCGGCGCUGCUGAUGGAAUUCAAACACACAACAAUGGCGACUCCCAGUCCGAACAACUCAACAACAUCCAGCAGCCACAACAGCAGCAGCAGCAGCGGCGGCGGCAGCAACAACGCAGGAUCCGCGGCGCAUCACCACCACCAGUCCCAGUCUCAGCACAUCACCACCAUGAGCAGCAUGCAGGAAUCCAACACCUGCUGGAGAUGUCAGAGUGAAACAGGGUUUCAGAUAAACCUGUCUGGAGCUCCCCCAAGUAAACGCAAAGCGCUCAAGUUGAACUUCGCCAACCCGCCGAUCAAAUCCACAACUAGAUUCACACUGAACACGGCGGGGACGCCCUUCCAGAACCCACACAUAGAGAGGUUGAGGACACACAGCAUCGAGUCGUCGGGAAAGUUGAAAAUAUCCCCGGAGCAGCACUGCGACUUCACGGCCGAGGAUCUCAAAGACCUGGGCGAGAUCGGCCGAGGGGCUUACGGCUCGGUCAACAAGAUGGUGCACAAGCCGAGUAACCAGAUCAUGGCGGUCAAGAGAAUUAGAUCAACGGUCGAUGAAAAGGAGCAAAAGCAGCUGCUAAUGGACUUAGACGUGGUCAUGAGAAGUAGUGACUGUCCCUACAUUGUACAGUUUUACGGUGCUCUUUUCAGAGAGGGCGACUGUUGGAUAUGUAUGGAACUUAUGUCUACCUCGUUCGACAAAUUCUACAAAUUUGUAUAUUGCUCAUUAGAUGACGUGAUUCCAGAAGAAAUAUUAGGCAAAAUAACAUUAGCUACUGUGAAAGCACUUAACCACUUAAAAGAAAACUUGAAAAUAAUACACAGAGAUAUUAAGCCGUCAAACAUUCUCCUGGACAGGAACGGCAACAUAAAGCUGUGCGAUUUCGGCAUCAGCGGCCAGCUGGUGGACUCGAUCGCCAAAACCAGAGACGCAGGAUGCAGACCCUACAUGGCACCAGAGAGAAUAGACCCCAGUGCUUCCAGACAAGGCUACGACGUCCGAUCGGAUGUGUGGAGUUUGGGAAUCACACUGUACGAGCUGGCCACGGGGCAGUUCCCCUACCCAAAGUGGAACAGUGUGUUUGACCAGCUGACCCAGGUGGUGCGGGGCGACCCCCCACAGCUCAGCAACUCAGAGGAGAGGCGCUUCUCCCCGAAAUUCAUCGCCUUUGUCAAUCUGUGCCUUACAAAGGACGAGUCAAAAAGGCCAAAGUACAAAGAGCUGCUGAAACACCCGUUCAUUCAGAUGUACGAGGAGCGCUCGGUCGAUGUAGCCAGUUACGUCUGCAGGAUCCUGGAUCAGAUGCCGGCCUCGCCCAGCUCGCCCAUGUACGUGGAUUGAUAGCCGGACAGGACGGGAAAAUACAUAAACAAACAACAACGACAUCAACGACAACGAAAAUGACAAAAAAAAAAAAAAAGUAAACAAAACCUGGUGUAAAUUUGCUUGGUCCCAUUAUUGCAGUGUUAAAGAAAAAAAGAAAAAAAAAAAAAAGAAGAGUUGUAAAGCCUAAAACACCAUGUGCGAUGAAAAAGUGGUGUUCAUUUCAAUCACAUCUGUAUAGUAUUCAACAUUCACACACACUUCUGUCACGCUCUCUCUUCGUCCACACACAGACACACACACACACACACACACACACACACACACACACAGUCAUGUAAGUAUAAUAGCAGCUGAAUCGAUCUACCAUGGUCUUGACUCAUCUUGAUGUGAGGCCGCAUCAAUAAAGUGAAUAGUUCAGUGAUUCAAAGACAAAAAAAAACAACAACAAAAAAACAACAAAAA